AUGGUGGUCACCCAGCUGAAUCUGGAGUUUCACUUUCAGGGCAAGAAGCUGCGAGGCUUCAGCUGUGAGCUUACUCGGUCCCCCCACGGGGUCUUCCCUGAGACUGUCUUCACUAUCAUUUGCCAGAUCGUGGUGCCGAUUCUACUCUCAGGCUUGGGCAUGUUGACAGCCGGCCUGGUGAUGAACAUCAUCCAACACUGGCCCGUGUUUGUAGAGGUUAAAGACCUAUUGACAUUGGUGCCACCCCUGGUGGGCCUGAAGGGGAACCUGGAAAUGACGCUGGCGUCACGACUCUCCACAGCUGCCAACACUGGACAAAUUGAUGAUCCCCAGGAGCAGCACAGAGUUAUCAGCAGUAACCUCGCCCUCAUUCAGGUGCAGGCCACCGUCGUGGGGCUCCUGGCUGCCGUGGCCGCCCUGCUGCUGGGCGCUGUGUCUAGGGAGGAGUUAGACGUGGCAAAGGUGGAGUUGCUGUGUGCCAGCAGCGUCAUCACCGCCUUCCUCGCCGCGUUUGCCCUCGGAAUGCUGAUGGUUUGUAUAGUGAUUGGCGCUCGGAAGCUCGGGCUCAACCCAGACAACAUUGCCACGCCUAUUGCUGCCAGCCUGGGAGACCUCACUACAUUGUCCCUUCUGGCUUUUGUCAGCAGCUUCUUCUACAAACACAAAGACAACCGAUAUCUGACGCCGCUGGUGUGUAUUGGCUUCAUGGCCCUGAUCCCCGUGUGGGUCCUCAUUGCCAAGCAGAACCCACCCAUCAUGAAGAUCCUGAAGUUUGGGUGGUUCCCAAUCAUCCUAGCGAUGGUCAUCAGCAGUUUUGGAGGGCUCAUCUUGAACAAAACUGUUUCUAAACAGCAGUACCAAGGCAUGGCCAUAUUUACUCCCAUCAUAUGUGGUAGGUAUCGGCAGCACUGUCACCUGGGGCCCUCAGUGUGCUGGGCUGUGCUGGCCCCCAGGGCCAGGGCAGUGGGAUCUGACAGCAGCAACUUCAGAGAUCUGGCCCCAGGCCCUCAGAGCCAUGGCCAUGCUUCUGCUGGGCAGCAGCUUUGGACUGGUUUGUCUCAGGUGGAAGGAGAUCCUUGGGGAGAAAGCCCUGCCCACUGUUCCACCAGCUCACACCCUUUUCCUCCUAGUCACCACGGAGACUUGAGCCUUCCCGCAGAGCUAAAUCCCACCUGUUGA